AUUAUUCUUAUAGCCGUUAUCAGAACUUCGGGUCAUUCGCUUACCUGUAUUUAUUAGUUGUACAUUGAUAACAGUUCGAGACAGCAGAAGUAAAUGAAGUGGAUUACUACUUUCGUCAUUCUGUUACAUCUUAGAAAUCAUGUAACCAAUGCGGACAUCGAACCAAUUGUUCUGGUGCAUGGUGGAGCAGGAACGAUAAGUGACGAUCGAAUUCCUGGAAAAUAUCUAGGAUCGAAACUAGCAGCACGUGUUGGUUAUCAAGUACUGAUGAAUAAUGGAUCAGUGUUGGAUGCAGUUGAAGAAGCUGUUAGAAUUAUGGAAAGCGAUAGUAACUUCAACGCUGGUUUCGGAUCAGUAUUAAAUUACGAAGGAUUCAUCGAAAUGGAUGCCAGUAUCAUGGACGGAAAAACCAUGAAAGCUGGUUGCGUUGCGGGCGUACAAGACAUUCUACACCCUAUUUCACUAGCACGACGAGUAAUGGACAAAUCUAAACACAAUUUUUUAGUUGGUGAAGGAAUGGUGAAAUUUGCGUUUUCGGAGGGAAUUGAAAUUCUUUCGCCACCUGGUCAAUUAGUAACACAACAAGCGAUAGAUGCUCUAGAGAUUUGGAAAGAAAACAAUGCACGAUUUGAUAUAGGUGAGGGCGGUACAGUUGGAGCCGUAGCAAUCGAUAAAAAUGGAAAUAUUGCUGCGGCGACUUCUACUGGAGGAGUCAUUGGAAAAGAACCAGGACGAGUGGGGGAUACGGCAAUAAUUGGAGCGGGAACAUAUGCAGAUAAUAAUGUAGCUGGUAUAUCCGUUACAGGAGAUGGUGACACAAUUAUGAAGGUGGCUCUUGCAUUAGAUAUAGUCAAGCGCAUGGAUUACUUGGGGAAUGACAUCAAUAGAGCAGCAAGCGAUGCACUCGACGCGAUGACUACCAAAUUGGAGGGAACAGCGGGUAUCGUUGCUAUAGAUAUGAUGGGUAACAUUGGCAUUGCUUUCAACUCGAAGCAGAUGUCUUGGGCGUAUCAACGAAAGAAUAUAAUCGCAUAUGGUGUGAGAAAAGGUGAACACCUAGAAGAGCUUUUGCCAGAUGAACAAGUGUUGGAUGAAAUCGCCAAUGACUGAAGGAUGCACUAGAUUUUUCAACGUUUUUAUUUAUCAUUUGUAUCAUGGGUCGUGCAACAAGGUUACUUGAAUUCCACCAUGUUAAAUAUAAUCAUACACGGUAUUCAAGUAAUAAUAUAAUGAUGACAUUAUACUUCCAAUAUAAUGUGUUGAAGAAGCUUAAGGAUAUUGAGAUUUUUACCCAAUAUUAUUGUCGAUCUUAGGAUCAACCAUAUGCUAUAAGUAGGAUCUAUUAGAAUGAAAAUUCUAGCCUAAAAUGCUACCCAUUUUGUUUGUGAUUUAAUAAAUAUCCAUAGUAUUUUGAGUAUAGUAAUGUAUUUGUUUUUAA